UAAAAUUUGUCUAUGGUGCUGUUAUUUCACUUUGGUACCGAUGUCGAAAUAACAGUGAAAGUCAAAUUUAGCAAAAAUAUAUCGAAAAUGAAUAAAUUAAAAUCAUCACAGAGAGAUAAAGUGAAGAAAUUCGUCGCAUUCACGCAAACAAGUGAGACAACGGCAAUAUAUUGUCUCUCGCAAAAUGAUUGGAAGCUGGACCUCGCGAGUGAUAAUUACUUCCAGAACCCUGAGGCAUACUACAAAGACCCCGUGAAAGCUUCAGUGGAUAGAAAAAAGCUCGAACAACUAUUUAACAAGUAUAGAGAUCAGCAAGAGACGGAUAAAAUCACCGUGGAUGGUGUUAUGAAGUUCCUAGAAGAUUUAAAUCUUAGUCCUGAAUCUAUUUUAGUUCUUAUUAUUGCAUGGAAAUGCAAAGCUGCUGUGCAAUGUGAAUUUACAAAAGAUGAGUUUACAACGGGUCUGCUUGAAUUAGGGGCUGACAGUAUAGACAAACUGAAAGCCAAACUGCCAACACUGGAAUCAGAAAUAAAAGAUACAAAUAAAUUCAAAGAUUUCUAUCACUUUACAUUUAAUUAUGCCAAGAAUCCAGGUCAAAAAGGCCUUGAGCUUGAUAUGGCAAUAGCCUAUUGGAAUAUUGUGCUCCGUGGGAGGUUUAAAUUUUUAGAUGCUUGGUGUAAAUUUCUCACAGACCAUCAUAAGAGAUCUAUACCAAAAGAUACUUGGAAUCUCCUGCUAGAUUUCGCCACUCAAAUUGAUGAUGGUAUGAGCAACUAUGAUGCAGAAGGAGCUUGGCCAGUCCUUAUAGAUGAUUUUGUGGAGUGGUGUCAGAAGCAAGGGCUCACAGCGGAUGGGGUUAAAGCAUUGGAGCCAGCGUCUGGCUAGCUGACAAUGAAUGGCUACCCAAAGCAUGAAGCGAUGACACUUGAUACAUUUGUAGAGGCAGAACAACAUGAAUGUAAUCUUGCCGAUACUCUAAAGACAUACAUACUUUUCCUGCUGUCUCGCUUUUUGCUAUACAGUCUAGAGCUGUGUACCGUGGAGUGGAUUGCAGUCUUGAUUGUGUAUGAACUAUGUAGCUGACUAAAUUGUAACUUGAUAUUAUCACCUGAAGGUAUACCACAUAAGGAAACUGUUGUUAUCUUAAUGUAAAUUAUGACAUUUAAAAGCC